AUGCCUACUGGAAGAGCAGCACCCGCGGAGCCGGCUUUCCCGUGGCGGAGCGACAUGCUCGCAGGCAAGACGGCCAUUGUCACGGGCGGAAGCGCGGGCAUCGGGGCCGCGAUCACAAUUGCCUUGCUCCAGGCUGGGGCUUCCGUGGCGGUGCUUGCGAGGAGCCGCUCCAAGUACGACAAGCUCGUCCCCCUCCUGGAGGAGAGGAAGCUGCCGGUCGACAAGACCACCUUCAUCUCCAUCGACCUGUCGAGCACGGAUGCCAUCCGGCAGGCAGCGGUGGAGGCCAACGAGUGGGCCGGCGGCUGUGCGGAUAUCCUGGUCAACAACGCUGGUGUGGCCACCAUCGCGCCAAUCCUUGAAGCAUCCGUGGAAGACUGGGACUGGACCAUGAACGUGAACGUCAGGGCACCCUUCAUCAUGGCCCAGGAAUGCGCCAAGAGGAUGAUCGCGCGCGGCCAGGGAGGAAAGAUCGUCAGCACCUCGAGCACGGCGUCCCUCUUCGCGCUGCACGACCACGCGGCGUACUGCACCAGCAAGGCCGCCAUCCAAGGCCUCACUAAGGUGAUGAGCGCCGAGUGGUCCAAGUACGACAUCAACUGCAACACCGUCGGACCCACCAUCGUCUUGACCGACAUGGGCGCCAAGGCGUGGGGCGAGCCGGAGAAGGGCGACCCCAUGAUCGACCGCACCCCUCUCGGCCGCUUCGCUGAGCCCUGGGAGAUGGCACACGGCGUGGUGUACCUUGUCAGCCCGUCCUCCAGCCAGAUGUGCGGACAAAUGCUCCUCCUCGACGGUGGCAUCACCACCACCGGUACACCCUGCGGAACGUAGUCGCCCGAACCGACGCUGUCGACAUCAGAGGAAGGGAUUGUGCCUCUUAGAUGUGUCUUACAAACAUUUGGUGGUCCGUAGAUGCUUAAUUUGUCUCGCAGCGGUGUUGAAUAGAAUUGCGCUCGCUAUGGAAUUGUGUACAUGAGCCGCUAUCUGUUGUGGUCGUUGCGGUGCCAUCGUGUAGCCUAAAGUGCGUUGGGUGUUUCCCUUAACUCGACGUCUCUUGUGUGGGACAUGGGGGUCUCUAGGCGUCGCUUGUGUUUGUUCCCAAACGCACAGGCGUGGUCAGAGGUCAUGCGUUGUUUGUUUGCAGAUUGAUUGCUCAUCUAUCGGCUUGGUGUGUACGUGCCCAGCAGGGGCAGAUGGUAGAAGGGUAGGAGCGAGCGGAACAUGGUCCUCCGAAAGGCAUUUGAACAACUCAGGUUGCAAAACGCUCUACUGCUCUAGCUUCUGUGGAGAUGAAACUCGAGCUCACGCCCGUAUCCAGGGCCACACGAUUUCCUACUUCUUUUUCGUUUCGGUGUUGUUCCUGGCGUGGCGACGGUUUCCGGCGUGACAAC